AUGGCUCAAAAAAUUGCUCGAGGAGCAAAAUGUCUCAUCAAAAUGGAAGGCAAUCAAACCAUAAUCACCAAACCUGAUGGAACUGAUCCCGGGAACAAGAAUGUUAAGAAAGAUGGGUCAGCGGAUGAUGUCAAAGCCUUUACUUUUGACAAGUCUUAUUGGUCCUUUGACAAAAAUGAUCCCCAUUACGCUACUCAGGCACAUUUGUACCAAGACCUUGGAGAAGAACUUCUAAACCAUGCCUUCGAAGGAUAUAAUACUUAUGGUCAAACUGGCGCCGGGAAAUCAUACUCUAUGAUGGGUUAUGGCGAAGACAAAGGCAUCAUUCCGCUUACGUGUUGCGAAUUAUUUAAUCGCAUCAUUAAUAACCCCAAUCCUGACAUCACAUAUCAAGUUCAAGUCUCUUACAUCGAGAUUUACAAUGAACGUGUUAGAGAUUUGCUAAAUCCUAAAAAUAAAGGAAAUCUUAAAGUGAGAGAGCAUCCUGCACUCGGACCGUAUGUCGAAGAUUUAUCAAAACUAAUUGUCAGUUCAUUUCAAGACAUAGAGAAUUUAAUGGACGAGGGUAAUAAGGCUAGAACUGUGGCCGCGACAAACAUGAACGCAACUUCAAGUCGAUCUCACGCUGUGUUUACCCUAUUGGUAACACAAAAACGGCAUGACCGUGAGACCAAGAUGGAUACUGAGAAAGUUUCUCGUAUCAGUCUUGUAGAUUUGGCUGGCUCUGAACGUGCAGACUCUACAGGUGCAACUGGAGCUCGUUUAAAGGAAGGAGCGAACAUUAAUAAGUCCUUGACCACAUUGGGGAAAGUUAUUGCUGCUCUCGCGGAGCAAUCUCUCCCAUCAAAAAAGGGCGGCAAGAAGACCGAAGUGUUCGUACCGUACAGAGAUUCUGUUUUGACUUGGCUAUUGAAGGAUAGUUUGGGAGGUAAUUCUAAAACAGCAAUGAUUGCAGCCAUUUCACCUGCGGAUUACGAUGAAACUCUUAGCACCUUGCGUUAUGCUGACGCUGCUAAAAAGAUCAAGAAUAAAGCGGUGGUCAAUGAAGAUCCAAAUGCCAAGCUUAUCCGCGAACUUAAAGAAGAAUUGCAAAUGCUGCGAAGCAAGCUUGGAAUCGAAGCUGGCGAAUAUAGCACCGGUUCUAAUAUUACUGUUAGUGACAGCCAGCAGAUUAUUGAACUUCGUGACUCUAAUGGAAAUACCAUUAAGAAGACAAAGGAAGAACUAAUUGAUCAAAUUCAAGCCUCGGAAAAACUUAUGAAUGAAGUAAACGAAUCGUGGCAAGAGAAGAUGAGGCGCACUGAGGAGAUUCAACGUGAACGAGAAAAGACAUUGGAGGAACUUGGAAUUAUGGUCGAGAAAAAUAACAUUGGUGUAUUUCCUCCUAAGAAAGUUCCACAUCUCGUCAAUCUCAACGAGGAUCCACUUAUGUCGGAAUGUUUGGUUUAUCAGAUUAAAUGUGGUAAAACCCGUGUGGGUCGCUUGGAAUCGGAAGAGCAGACAGAAAUACGUCUUAGCGGUGAAAAUAUUCUGGAUGAACAUUGUUUCUUUGAGAAUAUUGAUGGAAAAGUGACACUGCACCCUCGUCCCGACUGCAUAACAAUGGUGAAUGGUAUGCGCAUAAGUGAACCAAAGUUGUUAAAAUCCGGUUUUCGCAUUAUCCUGGGGGAUUUUCACGUGUUCCGAUUCAACAAUCCGGAGGAAACCAGAAGGGAAAGGGCAGUAUCAAGACAAAUUAGCGACCUUAGGAUAAACACCUCAACGCCAACCCCCUCCGGAAGCGGUGAAGACAGGCUUCCUGAUUCUCCUACAUCCACCGCGUCCCUCAUGUCAGAAGCAGUGAUCGAUUGGAAUUUCGCAAGAAGAGAGGCCGCGAUCAACAACGGCCUACCAGAUGAUACUAGAAGUCGUCAGGGCACCCGGCAAUUUCGUCCAGGAAGUCGAAAUGAUUAUUCUGAUGACGACAAUAAUUCAGAGAGAACCAAUUCCAACGAUAUUGAAUCCGAAUUGGAGGAUAAACUCAAGAGUUACAAGGAGGAGGUGCAAAAGCAACUCGAAUCUCAAAAGCGUAUUAUCGAAGCAUCCAAUCAAGAAGUGGAUGAGGUGAAGGCCGAAAAAAUACAGCUUGAGCAAAAAUUGGAAAUCGUUCAGAAGGAGAUGGAAAGCUUGUUAAAUCGAGAAAAGGAACGUCAGGCUAAGACAAUACAGCCGCGUAGUUUCGGCAAAGGCUCUGUAGUAACGCUGGACGAUCCACGUUAUACCGAGGAAGAAUUACGCCUCCUUCGUAGGUCGACCACAAAAUGGAAACGACAAAGAUGUGUGCAGAUGGCGGAGACGAUAUUGAGUAAUGCUGUCGUGUUAAAAGAAGCAAACAUAAUAAGUAAGGAGCUUGGAAAAAAAGUUCUUUACCAAUUUACCGUCAUCGAAGAUGAACCGCAUACAAAUCCUGUAUCGUUCCUUGAGAGCAUUUCGGCGCUUAAUCAAUACACCAACAAUGACGAUACUUCGCUGCAUUACUCCAAGAAGCCUUGCAUCGGAGUCAAAGUUAUUGACACUAAGAACGACGUUGUGUAUAUUUGGUCCCUCGACAAGCUUAAGGCACGCCUACAAAAGAUGCGCAACUUGUACAACUUCAUUGACCGACCACAAUAUAGCAAACACUUCAAUUGGGAGGAUCCAUUUUACGAAAAUCCAUGCCCUCGCUACACCUUCAUUGGUAGUGCCUCGGUGGGACUGACAUGUUUGCUCAGGAAAACCGAACAUGAGCACAAUGCGCCCAUCAUCAGAAGAUAUUCCGGAGAUGUGGUCGGAUUUUGCCGUGUUCGUAUCAAGUUCAUCAUAGAGGAGCCGGCCGAAGAAGUGCCAAAGGAAUUAUCAUUAAAGUCACCAGUUAAUAAUAUGCUUUUUGAGGUUAAGAUUAUAGAGGUGACUGGCAUCAAAGAGACACUGUUCGGUCAGGUUCAUGUACAAUUUAAACUCUCUUCCUUUGGAAAUGCCUCUGCGCUAUCAUCGGAGCAGGUCAUGUAUGUCACAAAUGCUGCCGAUCCACCCGUAGAUGCAGAGAAUGACUCGAUUCGAUUCAACUUUGAUAAACCAAUAAAGAUAUUGCUCACACCUGCUGCCAUGGAUGCGCUCUCCAAUGGUAUGCUCACAUUUGAGGUAUUUGGUCGUGCGAAUCGCGCGGCCUUGGAUGAUAUUGAGCGAUGGGACUAUUAUCGUGAGCGUCCACUUUACAGGGGAGUCAACGACCAAUCCUCGUGCGAAUCUUUGGUCCCUAGGGAACGGCGUUCUGAAGAAGAGUUGGUUGCCGAGGAGAAACAUGACGUCGUGGCAUGGGCUCAAGUUUGUGAGCUAGCACCAAACGGAGAUUACGUGCCGGUUCAAGUACUCUCGCAGAAUUCACUCGACCCGGGAGCAUUCUUCUUAAGGCAAGGACUUCAGAGGCGUAUCGUGCUCACCUUAACUCACAAUUCCGGUCGACAAUUCCCGUGGAACCGUGUGUCGAAGAUGGUGAUUGGUCAAGUCCGAUUGCUUGAUAGCAAAGGUCGACUGUCUGAAUCACCGGUUCAAAAUGAUGUGCAAAUGAACUUGCUGCCGGCGCAAAGUGUCGAAUUCAACCGGGACGGGACUAGCGUCAUGGUCGCGCAAGCUUCGUGGGACAGCACGUUACACGAAUCAAUAUAUCUCAAUAGAACAACGCUUUCAAACAACCGAGUGUUGCUGGGACUUUCGUGGUACGUCGAAGCCGAGAAAUGCGUCGAACCAAUCUACUUCCACAUGGAUAUUGCGAAAUAUUGGGAAAUUGGAUACCUCGCGGGGGUUUCAUUAGUUAAGGACUAUAAGAGAAUUAGUGAACUUAUACGUCGGAGGGAGGCUGUUGAGCGCACGAAGCAGAUUCUUGCUUCAUACGAAGCUCACAAUGGAGCCUCUGCUGAAGUUAAGUCCGAAUGUAGUUCUAAUGAAGAGGAUUUGGCCAAAAAGACGAUAACCCUAUGGAAGAAGAGAUGGGGAACAACAAAAGAGAUCGUCAUAAAUCAAGAGCCUCCACUUUCAGGACCUCUCCACGAAGUGGACAUAUGCGACAGAACGCAUCCAACGAAAUUGGUAGCACAAGUUCGAAUGGUUGCGAAAACUGACACGAUAACUAAAAAGGGGUACUUAUUUACCCCGGAAAACACAGAUGACUAUUGGGUCAAGCGUUGGUAUGUCUUGAGAAGACCGUACCUGUUUAUCUAUGAAUCUCAAAAGGAAACCGAAGAACAAGGCGUAAUAAAUAUUGCAUCAGUUCGGGUCGACUAUAAAAAGGAUCUAGAGGACAUGCUUCAGAGACAAAAUGUAUUCGCCAUUUACACUAACAACAAUGCAUACAUUUUGCAAGCCACGACAAAACAGGAUAUGAUAGACUGGAUCUCCAAG